CUUUGACGCACGCCAAGCGCAGGACGAAGACGCACCGAGCGACGGGCCUGCCAUCUCUCGACGAGCGGCUCAAGUGCGGAAUUACCGUCGACCACUUCGCACCCCCUUUCGCCCAGCAUCGCACAAUCGCCCCUGCCAGUAUGCUGCACUGCCGAGCCUGGGCCGUGGCCCUCAUCGCCCUGCUGGUGCUGAGCGUCGCGUCGGCCGCAAAAGGUACCCCGCAGUUCGUGCCCAACGGACGUUACGGACGCCGGAGCGUCACGCCGCCCCUCGCAGGCGUCUCCAGAGACAUCACAGUCAACUUCUUCGGCGACUCGACCAUUUCGUGCACCCACACGGGCUUUGCGGAUAUCUACAGGUGUACCAGGAAAACUUCUGACGAUUAUAAGGACAGCUCGUUCGAAUGAAGCUAGCCGCAACGGCGUCACGAGGAAGGUCCCGCUCCAAAGCCAGCCAAUCAACGUGGAGCACACCCUGCCCAAUGAAAGACCGUCAGGGAGCGCGCCCGAGCAAAGAAUAUGUCAUAUGCGUCACGCUAACCACGUCCCAAUCCAGUAUUACCAAGGGUACUAAGCAUAUCGCUCAAGCGUAUUAAGCUUGUAAGCAAUUUAACGAUCAUUCCGUCGAUUGCGAGUGUACCACGUUCGUAUACACGUCAUGCGUAACGUCUCUUCGUGUUGCACCUCGCGAAAACGUCGCCACCCGUGGCCUAAGGAGGCAAAGAUGGUUGCCAGCACUUUGCCAUCUGUUGUUCACUCGACUGCUGUCAGCUAAUUGGAACGCGUUCGGUGUUCUGCCCACAUCCCCAAUACGUCCUCGUUUAUUUAUUGUAUACUGUGUUGGCAAUGGAUUAUUUUAAGGCUUGCCUCGCUUUCGGUCUCAACUCGGACAGUGUCGAUAAGCGUCCCGCGCGGUGCACUAAAUGUAUGGCUUAUGUAGUUUUAAAUUGUCAGGAAUUUGGUUCCUAUCCGUCAGUGUGCUCCUUCGCGUUGAAAUCUGGAACACAAUAAAGAAAGAUGAAA